AAACAGCGUUCUGGGUAACGGGUGAAGCCCUAUCGCAACAGCGACGUCAUACAGAAUACAAAAAAGCAGCCUAGCAGCGAGCUCUGAUUGGCUGAGGCGGAAAGGCUCGUCGCAGCUGAUUGGCUGAAAGGUACCACUGUACCCUACUGUACACAGACAACAACAAUAAACCCGAGGUGAUAUGAGAUCAUCGUACACGCUGGAUGAGAAAUUAGACCGCGGUGGAGUUCAGACAAUCGGCGAAGACAAUCACUCGGACUAGAUGACGCGGGAGCCGCUGUGUUUUUCUCUUUAUAUUGUUCCAGUGAUGUCGUUAUUAGAAAUCCUGAGAAUCGCGUCGAUGGCUUUAAAACUUGCUGAUUAGACACAGGCAUGGUAGCUUUUGUUAUUUGGGUGUGUCGUGUGCCAUGAGCAAUCAAUACCUACUGAGAUUAAGGAAAGCUCAUUAUAAUUUCGACACGGAGGGAUAUACUAAAUUACUAAACACCAGAAUAGGAUCUGAAGGAGGAUCUCUGAAUCAGUUCUUCUGGAAUUCAUCAAGACCUCCAGCUUCCACAAUGGAUGAGACACCGCACAGUGGAGGAGAAGACGUCAGUCCUCUGGAUGACAAUGAAUCAAGAUGGUCAGAGACAAUCAAGAAUAUUAACCCUCCAAGAGUCGGAGGUCGAGUGCGACUCUACUCUGAGUCCCAGGUGCACACGGUAAGCCGCUGGGAAGAUGCCGAGCUCCAGGAUGGAAUUUCAGCUGAGGAGAGCGGAGGAAGUUCGGACGGAGCCCCGUUCCGAGGUCGAUCCCAAUCUGCUCCUGCUGCACUGUGGAAAGCGAAGAAGUACGGACGACAGCUGAGAAGGAUGAGUGAUGAAUUUGACACCUGGCUGGACAGAGGGGACAUAAGGAGAGCAAGCAGUCCUGGGAAAGCGUCGCAGAAGCAAUCCAGCCGUGGGUGGUUCUCCUUCAUUUGGGGAUCUCGAGAGGAGGAGGGAAGAGAAUAAGAUGCCACACAGUUGAAACACAGAGAAGUGAAGCUACAAUCGUCAAAAACGAAGGCUGGUCAUUGUUUGUCACCAGUAUGGCCUUUUCAUCAAGUGCUCGAUCAAACUCCAAUUCAGAUUUUUUUUUUUUAUGUCACUGAAAAUUAAGGUGCAAGGUGCUAAAACAUUUGACCAUUGCAAUACCUGACAAGUUGUUUUUAGAAGAAGAUUUGACAAUCUUACCUGACAAUCUGUGAUCUUUAUGGACAAUCUCACACAUACUGAUAAAUUCAACCCCUAAAUAUUUACAAAUUGUUUAUUAAUUGUAUUCUAUAAAAGAAUAUUUGAUAAGAAAUGUGAAAUAUUGUUAUAUGAUGUCUUUUAUAAAUGGAUAUAAUAUAUAUAUGUUAUGUUUUAAGCGUUUGUCUUACUGAAGGAUUUCAAGAAAAUUGUUGGUGAAAUGUAAAUAUAUUUUAAAGACUUUAAAAGUCUCUGAAGCAGCCUGUGAAAAUCGUGUGUAAUGGUGGUUAAUAAUGAUGCGGGUAAUGGUCUUAUUCAGUCAGGUUCGUCUCAGGGUUGGUUUUUACUUUUGUAUUAUUUUGUUUUUGUUACCGUUUCCAUUUUAAUAAAACAUCAACUUGGAGACCUGAGUGCAUAAUGUGUUCAUGAAAUGCUUUUGAAUUUCACACCAUUUCUUGUACAUAUUUCCGAAUCGAAAGACUGCUGGAUGUCUUUGGCCUUUAUAUACACGACGCACUGGACUUUAGCAGCUUGGGUUCAUUUGCCCUGUAUGCAAAAGAACAGAAAGUCCCUGCCAAACCUGUGGUUAAGCAAAUCCUUACAGAUGGACACCCCAAAUGCUGUGCAAGCUGAAGCUGGUCUUGAAUCUAUCAGGCAUUUUGUUGAUGCCUUACUUGAAAUGGUGUUUCUAUUAGUCUUUUUCACAAACCCUUGGCAAGAAUUUAUACAGCAUUACAUAUAUUGUGAUGAGACUGUUUGUAUAAGGCUUUGUUCUAUUUGUAUUAUUGUUUAAUUUAUUAUUUGUGAUCAGAAAUAAAAUUUUGA